GAAGGUGCCCGAGGGCGGCACAGUGGCGGGAGCUCGGUAGAGCUCGGGAGCGAAAGGGCGCGGGAAUGUGGAGCCGCGAACAGCGGGCGGCAAAGCAAAAAACCCUUUCGCCUGAAAGCAGUUGAUGCGGUAUUUGUGCGAGCAUCGAGCAGGAAUGGGAAUUGAGGCCACUUUGACGUCUAAACAGAUCCCCAGCGGAGGGGCGGACGAUUGCAAGCGGGGAAGGGAGGGGGUCAGAGUUCAUGGGGUUGCCAUGACUACGACACUUGCUGCACCUAGUGUCUGCUCCCCGGUGCUGUGCAUCAUGCACCUGCUAGCAGUACGUUGGAGGAUUUGAGGAUUUGACUUUGAGAAACGGGACACCACCGGCGAUUGGCGAUGCGAGUGCCCUACGCCGUGCCGCGGCAGACGCUGCGGGCGUACGACUGCUCCAAGGAGACCGGCCGCUUGAAGACAGAGUCCCGGCGACUCCUCAAGGCGGAAAGCGACGCGUGGGACAAGAAGAACGCCCCCACUCUGAAACAGCUCGCCGUAAAAGCGCUGGUUCAGAACUUCAGCGGGCGCACGCCGCUUGACUGCCUCCCCACCGAGGACUUCCAGCAACUGCUGGAGACGCUGCCGGCCACCGUCCCGUUGGAAGUGAGCGUCCCUCUGGUGCCCGAUGGCGUCUACUGGCACCGGCUCGCCUCCCUCACGUGGCCCUCGACCAACAACGUCGUGGCGGAGCACGGCGGUUCGUGGCGACGCCUGGUACUGGAGCGACGCCUGCAGCAGGAGCUGGAGGCCGCGCUGCCCCCCAUGCUCGACGAGGCCCUGCGCUUGGCCAGGCUGGCGGGCCCCCACGUGCGGCGCCUGCGCCUCGACCGGCUGCUGCAGACGGCCCUGACGCAGCCCGCGGCGGGCCACGCCGCCAACCUCGACUACCCCGCCCUGGCCCCGCUGGCGCUGCCGGGCGGCUGGACUCCAGACCUGCCCACGGAGCGCCGAGAGCUGCACAUGUUUGACACGGAGCUGGACGCCUUGCAGGAGGACCUGUGCAACCUGCUGGGCUGCCUCACUAACCUCGAGGAGCUGGACGUCAUGUUCGGGAUGCACGACUUCGAGAAGAACCUCUCCGAGCCGCCGAACGUCGUCAAAGUGGCGUGCUGCGAGGCACUCGGCAAGACUCUGAGCACCCUGCAAGCCUUUCGCAGACUAAGAGUGCGCCGCAGCCAACUUCACCUGGAGAAGCUGGCGGGGCUGCUGGAGCCGAUGCAUGGCAGCGCGUCGCUCACGGAGCUGGACCUGAGCCACUGCUACCUGGACGACAAGGGCGUGCAGGUGGUGUCCGCCUUCCUGCUGGACCAGGCGUCCCUGCGCGUGCUGCGCCUCGUCAACGACAAGUUCGGAGCGCGCGGCGCCACGACCCUCGCCAAGUCGCUGCUCAGCAAGACGUGCCCGCCGCUGGUGGAGCUGGACGUGAGCCUCAACUCGAUCGGCGACGUCGGCGGCCACAACGUGCUCAUGGCGCUGUUCCCGCGCGACAACCGCAUGCCGCUGCGCGACCCCGCCGAGGACGAGCACGUGCGCGAGAUGAUGCAGGCUGAGGAGAAGGAGCGACUGAGGCGCGCCGCGGAGGCCACCGAGGAUGAGCCGUCCCACGAGGGCAUCACCAUCUUCCGCGGGCUGGUGCAGCGCGCCAUCGCGGGGGAGCUGCCACUGGAGGUGCCCGCCGCGGGGACGUCGCCGUCGGCGGCGGAGGACCGCGAUGAAUGGGACGUGGAGCCCGAGGACCAAGUGCGGAAGGCGUCCGCGCUGAUGGCCGUGAUCGCCGAGGCCCGCCACUUCCAGCGCGAGGAGGCCGCGGCGGCCGAGGAGGCGUGCGGCGCCGUGGUGCGCGCGCUGCGCGGCAACCCUCGCGUGCUGCAGCUGGACCUGCGCAUGUGCGGCGCCAGCUGGGCCGACCAGGCGGGGCUGGAGCGCGCCGUGGGCGCCAACAACGCGGCCCUGCGGAAGCCGCUCCCACUGCGGGACAUGCUCGCGGAACGCGAGGGCUAUCACCGCCUGCGGCUGGCGACCACCACCGAGGUGCUGGGGCCGGCGUUCACCGGGUCGGCCUCCACGGGGGGCUUUAGCGGGCUGAGCCAGGGCAGCCAGGGCCACACCGGCAGCGCCUUGACGACGAACAGCGCAGCCACUCCCAACGGACCCGCGGGGUUGCGCCAAACUAAGCCUGCCAGCAAUCUAAGCCAGAGCCAGCUGGGAAGCGGCAGUGGUAUGGCAAGUUUAAGGUCAGGGAGCAGGAGGGCAGAGUCGUCCACUUUAUCCCAGCCAUCCCAUCUGUCGGGCAUGAGCAAGGGAGGCAGUAAUCUGACCGUGAAAUGACAUCACGCAGGUAAUCAGUGUGCAGAGGGGUGACAGUGUAAAACUCAAGUACAUAAUGCA